CCCAAGGCGCGCUUUGCUUUGACAGGACACCUUAGCCUACAUUCAUGAGUUCUGGAAAAGGUGAUUCGGACUUCCACCUCUUCCAGACAAUGAGAGUACCUGAGAAUUUGGGGAGUCCAGCUCCAAGCCCCGGAGCUCUACGAGACAUGGCGGUAUAUGAGGAACUUCCGGCCUCCGAACGCUGGGAGGCGCUGUGAUCCCUCAGUAAUCUCUUGGCCACCGGAAUUCAGCGCGCAAGCACACUCAUAGCUUUAAAGCCGGCUCCCCACGUGUAAACCUUGUGGGCAAGUUUUUCGAGAAAAAUGCCCAAAUUCAAGGUGGCCCGUGGGGCCGGGAAUCAGGAGAAGCAUGCACCUCUGGCCGAGCAGAUUCUGUCUGGGAAUGCAGUGCGCGCAGGAACCCGAGACAAACGGCGAGGUCGCGGGGUCGAAGAGGAGGAAGAGUAUGUGGGACCCCGGUUGAGCAGACGGAUCUUGCAGCAAGCCCGGCAGCAGCAGGAGGAACUCGAGACCGAACACGGCACUGGAGACCAGCCUGCAAAACCGCGAGAGCGCUCCACGCGGCUGGGGCCGGGAGUGCCACAGGAUGGAUCUGAUGAUGAGGAUGAGGAGUGGCCCACCCUGGAGAAGGCAGCCAAAAUGACCGGGGUGGACCACCAAGCAGAGGUGGUUGUGGACCCCGAAGAUGAACGUGCCAUUGAAAUGUUCAUGAACAAGAACCCUCCAGUCAGGCGCACUCUGGCUGACAUCAUCAUGGAGAAGCUGACUGAGAAGCAGACAGAGGUGGAGACUGUCAUGUCAGAAGUUUCGGGCCUGCCCAUGCCUCAGCUGGACCCCCGAGUCCUGGAGGUCUACAGAGGGGUCCGGGAGGUGUUAUCUAAGUACCGCAGUGGGAAACUGCCCAAGGCUUUUAAGAUCAUCCCUGCACUGUCCAACUGGGAGCAAAUCCUCUAUGUCACUGAGCCCGAGGCCUGGACUGCAGCUGCCAUGUAUCAAGCUACCAGGAUUUUUGCCUCUAACCUGAAAGAACGCAUGGCUCAGCGCUUCUACAACCUUGUCCUGCUUCCCCGAGUACGAGACGACAUUGCUGAAUACAAACGGCUCAAUUUUCACCUCUACAUGGCACUCAAGAAGGCCCUCUUCAAGCCCGGAGCCUGGUUCAAAGGAAUCCUGAUCCCACUGUGCGAGUCUGGCACUUGUACCCUCCGAGAAGCCAUCAUCGUGGGCAGCAUCAUCACUAAGUGCUCCAUCCCUGUGUUGCACUCCAGUGCGGCCAUGCUAAAGAUUGCAGAGAUGGAGUACAGCGGUGCCAACAGCAUCUUCCUGCGCCUACUGCUGGACAAGAAGUAUGCAUUGCCCUACCGUGUGCUAGAUGCCCUGGUCUUCCAUUUUCUGGGCUUCCGGACAGAGAAGCGCCAGCUGCCUGUGCUCUGGCACCAGUGCCUUCUGACACUGGCACAACGCUACAAGGCUGACUUGGCCACAGAACAGAAGGAGGCCCUCCUAGAACUGCUUCGCCUGCAGCCCCACCCACAGUUGUCUCCUGAAAUCAGACGUGAGCUUCAGAGUGCAGUCCCCAGAGAUGUGGAGGAUGUUCCUGUCACCAUGGAAUGAGAACAGUCACCACUCUUAGUCCAGGGGGCAUGGGAGCUGGUAACCAGGGUGUAAAGACCUAGGUCAGGGCACUGAAGGGUUAUGAUGGCAUCUGUGGCUCCAGCCCUGGGCAGGAAGACUGAAUCUGGUUGGCUCUCUCUGCCAUUCUAGGCUUUGGUCCCUGCUCACUUAUGGGAGCUAACAGGAGUUACCCCAGCUCAGUAUGCCCGCAACCCAGCUGGCACUUUCUUUAAGGGCUGCUCUCUCUAGUUACUGUGUCAGCUCACUGGGGUGCAGAUAAAACAAAGGCAGAUAUUUAUUGGAGCUCUGUGUUUUGGUAUAGUCCCUGAAGGUUCCUGCCUCCCCCGUAGCUAGAGGUGAGAGUCGCUUGUAGCUUUUCCCAGGUCAGAGGAGUGGAUUUUUAGUUUCCACAGAACCUGCCCCUUAUUCUUCACAAUUGUCUGUGUGUAUGUGAGUGCCCCGCCGACAUGACAUUCAUGGGCUCCUUUGGGGGCACACCUGCUGCUGCUGCUGCUGCUGCUGCUGCUGCUGCUGCUGCUGCUGCUGCUGCUGCUGCUGCUGCUGCUGCUGCUGCCAUAGAGUUGUCCAUUGGAAAGGUGACAGCCAUCACUGUCAGUGAAGACUGCAGGAGCAGACCCUUUCUCAAGCAGACAGCAGCAGAGUCAAAGUCCAGCGGUUUCUUCCUUGCUCUCUGAGUAACAAGAGCUUUAGGUGGUUGACAAACCAGGGUCAAAUGCCUGUUUAUAUAGAUGAUGAGAAAAGAACAAUCUUCAUAGUUUUUAAUGGCUUGGGGAAAUUUGUAUGAAAUUUUAGUUGCAGCAAGCAUAGAUCUGCAAGUUUGAGGCUAGUCAGGACUAACUAUACAGCGAAACCCUAUCUCAAAAAACAAUUGAGGUGGGAGGUACAUCCACGUCCCCCCGUUUUGCACAACUGACUGACUCCAGUCAUCCUACUAUACCGCUUUUGCUCUCAAAAAAGUGCCCCGGUUAGAGUCCAGUUCAUGUAUCUGGAAACAGUUUCAAUCUAUUGAUGCAUUCACAUUUGCUUGCACUUUUAGUCCAUCUUGGAAACAAUAGGUAGAUGCAAAGAAAACU